AUGGGCUUCUCCGCCCUGAUCGCCAGCGCCCUGUGCACCUUCCUGCUGCCGUUGCUGCUGUUUCUGGCCGCCGUCAAGCUCUGGGACCUGUACUGCGUGAGCGGUCGCGACCCCAGCUGCCCGCUCCCGCUGCCCCCGGGCACUAUGGGUCUCCCUUUCUUUGGGGAGACGCUGCAGAUGGUACUGCAGAGACGGAAAUUCCUGCAGAUGAAGCGGAGGAAAUACGGCUUCAUCUACAAGACUCACCUCUUCGGGCGGCCCACCGUGCGGGUGAUGGGCGCCGAAAACGUGCGGCACAUCCUGCUGGGCGAGCACCGGCUCGUCUCCGUGCAGUGGCCCGCCUUAGCAGCUGAGGUUAUGUCCUCUUCCUCCUUUCCUCCUCCUCGUCCCCCGGGGCAGGUGAUCAUGCGGGCCUUCUCUCGAGACGCCCUGCAGCACUACGUGCCCGUCAUCCAGGAGGAGGUGAGCGCCUGCCUGGCGAGGUGGCUGGGAGCCGCCGGGCCCUGCCUGCUGGUGUACCCCGAGGUGAAGCGCCUCAUGUUUCGCAUUGCCAUGAGGAUCCUGCUGGGCUUCCAGCCCCGCCAGGCCAGCCCCGACGGCGAGCAGCAGUUGGUGGAAGCCUUUGAGGAGAUGAUCCGCAAUCUUUUCUCCCUCCCCAUCGAUGUGCCUUUCAGCGGGCUCUACCGGGGCUUGCGGGCACGCAAUAUCAUCCACGCCAAGAUUGAGGAGAACAUCCGUGCCAAGAUGGCCCGCAAGGAGCCUGAGGGUGGCUACAAGGAUGCGCUGCAGUUGCUGAUGGAGCACACCCAGGGCAACGGGGAGCAGCUCAACAUGCAGGAGCUAAAGGAAUCUGCCACAGAGCUGCUGUUUGGGGGCCAUGAAACCACUGCUAGUGCUGCCACAUCGCUGAUUGCCUUCCUAGGGCUCCACCACGAUGUCCUGCAGAAAGUGAGGAAAGAGCUGCAGGCAAAGGGGUUACUGUGCAGUCCCAACCAAGAGAAGCAGCUGGACAUGGAGGUCUUGGAGCAGCUGAAGUACACGGGCUGUGUCAUCAAAGAGACCCUCAGGCUGAGCCCGCCUGUUCCCGGAGGAUUUCGAAUCGCGCUCAAGACCCUUGAACUAAAUGGUUAUCAGAUCCCUAAAGGUUGGAAUGUUAUUUACAGUAUCUGUGAUACGCAUGAUGUGGCAGAUCUCUUUACCAACAAGGAUGAAUUUAACCCCGAUCGCUUCAUGUCUCCAUCUCCAGAGGAUUCCUCUAGGUUCAGUUUCAUUCCUUUUGGCGGGGGCUUGAGGAGCUGCGUGGGCAAAGAGUUUGCAAAAGUGCUUCUAAAAAUAUUUACAGUGGAGUUGGCUCGGAGCUGUGACUGGCAGCUGCUGAACGGACCUCCUACAAUGAAAACAGGGCCUAUAGUGUACCCUGUGGACAAUCUGCCUACCAAAUUCAUAGGUUUCAGCGGCCAAAUCUGAGAUCUCAACGUUUGCCUCCGGCUGGAUUUCUAUAUAGCAUCUAAUACGUACAUAGUAACUUUUUAUAGUAAAAAGGGCCUUUAAAUAUUUAAACUUGUAAAUGUACAAUAGUUAUUUAUGUCUUCUAAAUAUUUCAGAAGGCUAUGAUAUUUUUUCCCCAAGCACUACAAUUAUGGGUCUCUGAUUCAUAAUUAGAUAAUGUUAUUUCUAUAGAAAUAAGUUUUCCCCUAUUUAAAAAUCCUAUUUGAAAGCUGGCCAACUAAGCAUUUGAAGACAUUUCAUGAUGGUGUAUGUAUUAAGAAAUAUUCUUAAAGGCAUUUGAAAUAAUGGUAACUAGCUACUCAUCCGAAUUACCUAAAAUGGUUGUUGUUUGAGAAUGUUUUCAGUAUUAUGUGUGUCUAGAUCUUAUGUUUAAUAUGUGAAUUUUAAGUUUGAUAAUAAAGUUUAUUUUUUAUGA